GCAACUCAACUUGAAGACAAAUCCUCUUGACUUGGUAUAAUAGCGUGAGGAGAUGAGUCAACUAGACAAUAUUUUUUGUGUGUGAGUUUUGACAUGGUAUAAUUUGGAAAUAAAAGAAGGCCAAGUUUUCAACAGUUUGAAUUGAAGACCUUCAUGUGUGAGAUUUAACUGCUGAUACUAAAUGGGAUUUCAGUUUUUCGACUUCACCAACUGAAAACAAAGAGCUUCCUGUAGGGUUACUUGAGAAAUGGGUUCAAGAAUUCUUGUGUUCUUGGUUGUUGCUCUAAUUCAAGUUUGUACCACACCAGCAGUGACUAACAAUGAUGAUUUUACUGCACUGAAAGCUCUCAAGGAUGUCUGGGAAAACGUACCACCAACAUGGGUGGGGUCUGACCCUUGUGGAAGCAGGUGGGAUGGCAUUUUGUGCACCAAUUCGCGUGUGACUUCCAUAACAUUGGCAAGCAUGAGAUUGAAAGGAACACUGUCUGGAGACAUCUCAAACUUGUCAGAAUUGCAGAUUCUGGAUUUAUCCUACAACACAGAAUUGAGUGGCCCUCUUCCUCAAGCAAUUGGGGAUUUGAAGAAGCUAACAAGCUUAAUACUGGUUGGCUGUCGUUUCUCUGGUCCUAUCCCCGAUACAAUAGGAUCUUUGCCACGGCUCACCUAUCUAUCUCUCAAUUCGAAUGGUUUCACUGGAUCAAUUCCCCCUUCACUUGGCAAUCUAGAUAAACUUUAUUGGCUGGAUCUUGCUGAUAACAGGCUUACUGGGACCAUCCCAGUCUCUACAGAGACUACUCCUGGCCUUGACCUACUAGUUCAUACAAAACACUUUCAUUUUGGAUUUAAUCAGCUCUCAGGCCAAAUCCCGCCUAAACUUUUUAGCUCAGGGAUGGCUCUCAUACAUGUACUUCUUGAGAGCAACAAGCUGACAGGCAGCAUUCCUUCCACCCUUGGCCUUGUGAAGUCUUUGGAGGUUGUGCGUCUUGAUAAUAAUUCGCUCACUGGACCUGUUCCUUCAAACAUCAAUAAUCUUACCAAUGUCAGUGAGAUGUUUUUAUCCAACAAUGGCUUAACUGGGCCACUUCCCAACCUUACUGGCAUGGAUCAUCUCACCUACUUGGACAUGAGCAAUAAUACUUUCGACGCUACAGAUUUUCCUCCAUGGUUUUCAACCUUGCAAUCUUUGACAACAUUGGUGAUGGAGACAACACAACUUCAAGGACAGAUUCCUUCUGACUUCUUUAGCCUUUCCAAUUUGCAGACUGUGGAUGCAAGAAAUAACAAGCUCAAUGGCACAUUGGAUAUUGGAACAAGCUCUAUAAACCAACUGUCAUUGAUUGAUUUGCGACAAAAUCAAAUUUCUGGCUUCACAAACAGACCAGGAGUAGAAAAAGUGGGCGUAAUACUUGUAGGCAAUCCAGUUUGUCAGGAAUCAGGAGUGACAGAAAGAUACUGCAGUGUUCCCCAAACCGAAUCUUCCUAUUCAACGCCUCUAAAUAAUUGUGUAGCUUCUUUGUGCUUUGCUAAUCAGACUUCUAGUCCGAACUGUAAAUGUGCACUUCCAUACACAGGACUUCUAAAGUUCAGAGCUCCUUCAUUCUCGAACCUGGGAAACAACACUUAUUACACUGUUCUUGAAAAGUCUCUGAUGGACUCAUUCAAGUUACAUCAACUUCCUGUGGAUUCAGUUAAUCUAAGUCAUCCAAGAAAAGAUUCAUCUACUUACCUUGUUUUGAAUCUGCAAGUGUUUCCAUUUGGCCAUGAUCGUUUCAAUCGAACAGGAGUUUCAAGUAUUGGUUUUGCACUGAGCAACCAGACUUUCAAGCCUCCACCGCAAUUCGGACCUUUCUUUUUUAUUGGUGAUGCGUAUCUAAAUUUCGCAGACGAAGUUACAGGAUCAAAAAAAUCAUCGCACACUGGUGUUAUCGUUGGAGCUGUGGCGGGUGGCUCUGUCCUCCUGCUGCUAUUGCUGGGCGCUGGGCUCUAUGCUCAUCGCCAAAAGAAGAGAGCAGAAAAGGCAACUGAACAAAACAAUCCUUUUGCACAGUGGGAAUCAAACAAGAGUAUCGGAGGUGUUCCUCAAUUAAAAGGAGCCAGAAACUUCUCUUUUGAAGAGCUCAGGAAAUACAGCAAUAACUUCUCAGAGACCAAUGACAUUGGUUCUGGGGGUUAUGGAAACGUUUAUAGAGGAGUUCUUCCUACUGGAGAACUAAUUGCCAUCAAACGAGCUCAACAAGGAUCGAUGCAGGGUGGGCUAGAAUUCAAGACUGAGAUUGAACUUUUAUCCAGAGUCCACCACAAAAAUGUUGUAAGCCUUAUAGGCUUUUGCUUCGACAGAGGUGAACAAAUGCUCGUAUAUGAGUUUGUUCCAAAUGGCAGUCUCAUGGAAAGCCUAUCAGGGAAGACAGGAAUCAGGCUUGAUUGGGUGAGGAGACUAAAAGUGGCCCUUGGUGCAGCAAGAGGUUUGGCCUAUCUGCAUGAACUUGCCAACCCUCCCAUUAUCCACAGGGACAUAAAGUCAAGCAACAUACUAUUAGAUGAGCGUUUAAAUGCAAAAGUUGCCGAUUUUGGUCUCUCCAAGCCUAUGGGAGACAGCGAAACGGGUCAUCUGACUCAUGUUACAACUCAAGUGAAGGGGACGAUGGGUUAUAUGGAUCCAGAAUAUUACAUGACCCAGCAGCUGACAGAGAAGAGUGAUGUUUACAGCUUUGGAGUUGUCAUGCUGGAACUAUUAACCGGAAAAAGGCCGAUAGAAAAGGGGAAGUACGUGGUGAGAGAGGUAAAGACGGCAUUGGAUAGAGCAAAAUAUUUGUACAACCUCGGCGAACUUCUUGACUCAAGCAUUGGUUUAGACACAACAUUGAAAGGUCUAGAUAAGUUUGUGGACGUUGCAUUGAAAUGUGUAGAAGAGAACGGAAGUGACAGGCCAACAAUGGGUGAAGUGGUGAAAGAGAUUGAGAAUAUCUUGCAUCUUGCUGGUCUGAACCCUAAUGCGGAUUCUGCAUCCACUUCGGCAAGUUACGACGAUGCAAGCAAGGGAAAUGCUAAACAUCCAUACAUUUUUAGCAAGGAUGCCUUUGAUUACAGUGGGGGCUUCCCAGCUUCGAAGGUAGAGCCACUAUGAGUGAGCGUAUGAACUUGGCUUGGAAAAUGUUUCAGUGAUACUUCUUGCUCGAGAGUACGAGUUGCCAUUUUUCUUGUGUUGUUUGCACUUUGUAGCAUAUAAUGCAUCAGAAUUGUAGUUAUUUGCUUUGUGAAUAUUUAAUUUAGCACUUGAAUUCCCAGAACUGCAAUUCUUCA